ACCCGCCAUCUUGAUUUUUGUUGUCAUUUUUCUCCAAAAAUGGCGAAAGGACGUAGUCGGUCAGAGUCACCGAAGGGAAAAGGUGCAAAAAGCAAGGGUAAGACUACGAAAGCGAACAAGAAACCCAGUAGAGGACGUAGCCCUACAAAGAAGUCGACAAAGGAUAAUGCAAAAACUAAGAAACGAAGAGCGUCGUCAAGCAGUGGUUCAUCGAGGUCAAGCAGUUCCAGUGGCUCAAGUAGCGGCAGUUCUCGUAGUUCCAGCAGCGGCAGUUCCAGCAGUAGUUAUUCCUCAAGCAGUUCAAGAUCAUCCAGCAGCUCCAGCUCUAGUGGUGCUGGUAAGAAGGGAAAAGCGCGCUCUAAACCCUCCACGAAACAAGCAAAGGGAAAAGAGACAAAAAAACCUGAGAAAGUUGUGGAGAAGAAACUUGAACCUAAACCAGAGCCCACUCCAGAGAAGAAACCAGAGAAGGUAGAGCCCAAACCAGAAGCGAAACCUGAACCAAAAUACUCCCCACCUCCCAAGAAGUCACCCAGCCCUCCACCUGUGAUACCUCCCAAGAAACUAUCACCCUCACCCCCACCCCCGCGGGAGAAAACCCCACCUCCCAAACCUAAGGUUGCCCCCUCACGCUCAAGAUCCGCAUCCAAUGAGCGGAUCCGACCCAAUGUUACGGAACGUCCGAGACCACCAAGACAGUACAGGUCACGAUCAAAAUCUUCCACCCCCGGGGCACGCCGUCGCAGCAGAUCCCCCUCGGACUCACGGUCAAGGUCAAGGUCCCUCUCUCGUUCCAAGUCUCCUCGAAAGCGACGCACGCCCAGUCCAAAGACCAAGAAAUUGUGCGUAAAUCGUUUAUCCCGAAACGUGACUCGCGACCACAUCUUGGAGAUUUUCAGCGUCUACGGCAAAGUAUCCAGUGUCGAUCUUCCUACCAGUAGGAAUUUGGUCCACCCCGGCUACGCGUACGUGGAGUACGAAGAGUUUCAGAACUGUGAGAAAGCUAUGAAACACAUGAACGGUGGUCAGAUUGACGGACAAGAAGUCUUAGCUCAGUUCGUCUUGGAUCAACGUUUGAAACGAGAACCAAGACCCCGGAAGAACAGCCCCGUGCGGCGACGUCCAUCGUGGCGACGCUCCCCUCCAAGAAGAUCCCCCGGGCGUCGCUCCCCUCCUCGCCGUUCGCCACCACGUCGUUCUCCCCCGCGCCGUUCCUCCCCGAGAAGGUCGCCUGCUCGAAGAUCACCCGGGAGACGUUCCCCACCGGCCCGAAGGUCUUCGCCCGGAAGAAGGUCCCCUGUACGAAGAAGAUCCCCACAACGGUCUCCACCCCCCGGAAGAAGGUCUCCGCCAAGAUCAUACAGACCACCAGCGAAUCGUAGAAAAUCUCACUCUCGUUCACGCUCCCCCCGACGCAAGGCAAGAUCUUCGUCUUCCCGAUCUCCAUCGCGGUCACCACUCAAGGGACGCAAUUUCAAGCGCAGAUCAUCCAGUUCCAGCUCAUCUUCCGGGUAAUAUUAGACGCUGGAGUUCGCCACCUUGGCUUCAUGGUACAGAACCACCUGAAAACCAUCGUCCAUACACUUUACUUUUGGUAUAUCAUUGUAGAUAUGCAGAUUUUUAUCAAUAGUGUGCCUGGCUAAGGCUUGUCCCCAGAGUAAUCUCCUGUAACUUGCAAGGCAAUGAAGUUUUCCUGACCAAAAAAGAUAAUAUCAACUUGAACUGAUCAUUUCAACGACGGUUUUUUGGUUUUACCUAAAGCAAAAAAAAUUGCGUUGCAUCUUACGGUGAAGAUUUAAAAACGCUUUAAAAAUCAUUGUAUUUAUUAUUUCUCGUGUUCAACAUUUCACCAACCACGAAAUAGACAAUUAAAAAACAUAUAAUCUAAUCUUUGCUGAAACAACUCUAGCUAACAACGCUGGGUUAUCUGAUAUGAAUUCAUUGCAAUCGUAAGAUUUAUCUAUUUUUCAGAACCAAAGUUUUGAGUCGAGCUGAGAAGAUCUAUUCGUGACAGAGUUAAUGCUUGAAAAGUUUCAAAACUCUUGGUUAUUAGCGCGCUUUUCAGCUUUCGUAAAACCGGCCCUAGAAGGAUUAAAAUUAUGUCAGAUUUUUAGACACCUGUUAACAUGUUAUCAAGAUUUUUUACACUUGACACCACGCAUUCUCCUCGUAUUAUUUUGUCUUUUGUCUUUGUGCACGGUUGUCAUGACAAAUCGUUUCACACGGAAGAAAGCUGGUGGUGUUACCUACCAAAGUUUCCUUCCUUUCAAUAGAGAUAAUAAUGUAUUGUAUGAGCCCU